AUGCCAGCCUCAUUAUCUACAGCCUCGAGCACGCUCACUAGAAGCCGCGCAACGGUUCUAGCCCUUACAACAAUAACCGCUGUAUUUGGAUCAUAUUACAUAUAUCGAUCUGUCUUCGCCGAGUCACAAAUCGAUAUAGUGCCGGGUCACGAGCUACAUCGCAGCAACGCGAUCCACCGACGACGAAGGCGGAACGGAGAGUCUCCGUCAGACAAUCGAGACUCUGCUCACAUUGACGAAGAGGCAGAGAAUCACGAGGAUGGUCAGAUAGCGCCCCUUGCAGAUGGCGCAACCGUCGUGGGAGAUACUGGAUUCGAGGGAGAGCAGGAAUGGGAUCGCCCUGAGGAGGCAGUACGGAAUGGGCACAAUAUUGUACAACUACUAUUUCGAGUUUCCGAGGAUGCGACGAGACGGAAUGCGUACAUACACAGGGGCUGCGCAUGUAAUUCCUGUGGAGCAGUACCAAUACGAGGUAUCCGGUAUCGAUGUUCGAAUUGUGCCGACUAUGACCUCUGCGAGGGAUGCGAGUCGCAAGGGCUUCAUAUCAAGACGCACAUCUUCUACAAGAUUAGAGUUCCUGGGCCGUCGUUUGGACCAAAGAACAUCCAACCUGUAUGGUAUGCCGGAGAUCCAGAUUCAGUGAUGAGGGUCCUGCCUAAAGAGAUUACCACGAAAUUAUCGCGAGAGACAGGAUUCGAGAGGUCAGAGUUGGAUGCAUAUUGGGAGCAAUGGACAUUCAUGGCGAGCACAGACUGGAGAGAUGAUCCGGAUGAUAUCAAUCUCGCUAUGGAUAGAAGAACAUUCGAACGCUGUUUGGUACCCUCAGGUGGCUACCGGCAUAGUAGCCCAAGCUUGAUAUUUGACAGGAUGUUUGCUUUCUACGACACUAAUAAAGACGAUCUAAUAGGGUUUCCGGAGUUUCUACAUGGUAUCGGGUAUCGCAAGAAAAAGGAAAAAUGGGCAAGGAUAUUUGAAGGUUACGAUAUAGAUGGGGAUGGAUAUGUCGAAAGAAAGGACUUCCUCAGAAUGUUCAGGUCAUACUACGUUCUGUAUCGUCAAAUGCAUCGAGAUAUGUUGGAGGGAAUGGAAGAGCAGCAUAUGAGUUGCACAGAUGCACAUCGACUAGUCACUAGUCGGCAACCGCUGAGCAGUGCUUUUGGUCAGGAUGGAAGAUAUCCGCGCGCUCCAGAUCCUCGUACUGGGGAGGGCAAGACCGUUAUGUCCCACGGAGACAUGGAAAUCACAGACGGGAAAGGUGUUAUGACAGAGAGUAACGGCGAUAUGGGAAAUAGAGAAGACAUCUUCCGCCAAAACAUCAUGACCCUCAGUCGUUAUCAUCAAUUAUUGAGGGAGCAGGGACGAGAGAACCAGACACCAAAUUAUGACGGAGGUGGAUAUUGGGACGCCAUACUUAACCCUCCGCAAUCAGAAAUUCAGAUCCUGAACAUGGCUCGGAGGAUGAGGACACUACGAGAGAGAGCACAAGAUGUUCUUCAAGGCCGAAUAAACGCGAAUGCAGAUAAUUUUGGCGUUGUCAUUGACGAUGAUUACGACGACGCAUCUGACUCUGAUGGUGAUUUCGAGGCUGGCGGGGAAGGUCGGUCGUGGAUACCAAAUGAUGUGACUGUCACAAACGAAGACGCGGAGGCGAUCGAAGGUCCCGGCAAGACUCUUGAUGAUGUUCGACCAAAGCUCCGACAGACUGUUAUUGCGCACGCAAUUUAUCGUGAGCGUGCCCAACAAGAUAUCUAUGAUCGAUGGAGACGAAGACAAUUCUAUACAGACGAAGAGGAAGGUGGUGAUCCGCCAAUUAACUGGAAUGAUGAAGACGAUGUCCUGGCACAGGUCAAUGUCAAUGGGGAGAGUUCCAAGAGUCACUCUCUUCCUUCAAUACAUUCGCGAUCGUCCUCCAAGGUACGAUUUGCGGAAGAUAUGGAUGAUCUUGAUACUAGAUCAAAUCCAUCAACGUCUUCUCGUAGUGUUCCUGAACGAUGGGGUGGUAUGGAAAUUCCAGAUGCAGAGAAGGAUGCAGGCAAAGAGAUUUUGUAUCAGGUAACUCAGCAAGCCUUCAACGAACUUCUAGAUCCUUUGUUCAAGAAACGGGAAGAUCUGGCUCUUCAAGCCGCAGAAACGAGCGAGAAGCGGGAUCGAUAUCGCACGCUCUUUACGACUCCAACCUUUCAUGAGUGGGCACUUGAAAAAGAAGCCCAAGAUGCAGCUCGAGAAGAGACCAAGCAAGCUGGACCAGUAAGGGAAACGAGAGUUCUAGUCACGCGUCCCAUCUUCCCUGAAUUCUCCGAGGUUGAGAUUGAAGAUGUCCGACAGCGACCACUCCAAGAACUCCUCGACGCUACUGGAUUCGAGGCGAUUGAGCCACGAGAUGACGAGCCUGUCAAUCUAGCAGAUUUCUCGCAAGCCACACCGGCCUCACCAGGCGACGGGACCACCAGUCCUUUUGAAGAAUUCAUCCGCUCUCAACGCGAAGCUGCAGUUCAGGGUGAAAACUUCAUGACUGAAGAUGUCAUGCCCACUCCCAUCUCUCCCGCAUCAGAAAACCACCCAACCACACCUCCAUACCGCGACCCAACCCUUCCUCAAUUCCGACCCAACUCCCUCCCCGUCUUCGCCCCUCGCUUCUCCCGCUUCGCCGAAGACCUCCCCGAGAUCUCACCCUCUCCCACCCCGCCUCGACGACCCGAUCUCGACCGCCCUCUAAGUGAAGUCGAUAACCGACCGCCGCGCGAGACGCUCUACCAGCUCUGGCGCGCGGACCGGGCUGCGAAGGAGGCGGAGAAGAGAGGCGGCUGGGGACGAAUGAAUUAUGAGGAGUUUCAUGCGGCGGUUAAGAAGGCGGGGAGGGAGGGACGGGGUGCGCGGAUGGAUUAUUUGGGGAGUUGGAUUGAUUUGUGUAUUCCGUGA